AUGUUACCGGUGAAGGUACUUACUUGGUUAAACAAGCGGAAGAUGCUGCAAGCAACAAGAAGGCUGAAAAGAAAGAUGUUGUCGGCUUGCAGGAACAGGCUCUUAAGGAAGCUUUUGAAAUCUUCUGCAACAAGGGCGUUGCUGGAAAUUCCAGCGCCGAUCUUCUUGCAACGUUUUGUGACAACAUUCUCAAGAAAAGGUGGAAGUGAAAAAUUGAGUGACGAAGCUAUUGAAGACACUCUGGAGAAGGUCGUUAAACUUCUUGCAUACAUCAGUGACAAGGAUUUAUUUGCAGAAUUUUACAGGAAUAAGCUUUCACGCCGCCUGUUGUUUGAUAAAAGUGCUAAUGACGAAAAUGAAAGAAGUAUUCUGACAAAGUUGAAGCAGCAACAUGGUGCCCAGUUUACUUCAAAAAUGGAGGGAAUGGUCACAGAUUUGGCUCUAGCUAGAGAGAAUCAAGUUAGCUUUGAGGAAUACCUCACCAAUAACUCACAUGCUAGUCCAGGCUUUGACUUGACAGUUACUGUCCUCACCACG